ACUGCCCAAGAAAAGCUUUUUGUAAUUGUCUAUCUAGAAAGAGCUCUAGGUGCUACUGUAUAUAGAACAGCUGAUCUGUUUAAAAUUGAACUAAAGCAAAUUAGAGAUUGGCAAAACAAACGAGGACAACUAAUAAUAGCUUAA